GUUGUUAAGGAAGGUUUUUAUUUACGGAAGUUAUCAGAUGGUUGCAGUUUUAGGACUGAAAAUAAGAUUUACCGAGAAAGACUGCUGUUAAUAAAACGCGUUAUGUUCGGCAAAACUGGCUAUAAUAUGUUGAUACUAACAGCACUUUCAAACGCCGUCUACUGCUGCUACAAGAACCCGACUGGCUUGGACCAAACGGACCUCUGUUAGAUUCUGUUCCCCUAGUUAGCUUCAACAACAUGGCACCAGUUCCCUCUCCUGGAUCAAUCAUAGUGGCUGACUGGCAUCGAUGUAAAGACAGCAAAGAAUAUUUCAGCAAGAUUCUUCACCGGAAAAGACGCAAAAACUUCGGCCUACUGGAGUCUCCAGUGAUGCCUCCACAUCUAGCUGUGGACACAGUUCAUUACAAGAUCUUCAUUUCAGGAAAAAGUGGGGUUGGAAAAACAUCCCUUGCUGCACGUCUUGCAGGGCAAAAUAUUCCUAACAUGCACUAUGAUACUACAGGUAUUGAGACGACAGUGGUGUAUUGGCCAGUAAAGCUGAGAGAAAGUGGCAGAGUGCUUUUCUUUCGUCUGCAGCUGUGGGACUGUGGAGAGAACGCCUUGCGUAGAUUUGACCAUUUGCUUCCAGCCUGUAAGGAGCAGGUGGAUGCUGUUCUCUUCCUGUUCUCCUUCACCGAUAGGACAUCCUUUGAUGAUUUGUCAAAUCAAAUUGCUAAGUGGACUGAGCCAGCUGUGGGUCGUGUUGUGAAACUGGUAGUUGGCACCAAAUUGAGAUUUGAUCUCUUCAUGCACCAUGAUGUGGCAGAGAGAGACGUGAAGGACUUCCAGGAGAGAGAGCGCUUGCCUGUGCUGCGUAUGGGUGGUGAGGUCAGCGACAGGCUGGGUGAUGUCGCCCCCCUCCUCAACUGCCUGGCAGAGCAGUUGUGGCAUCAGGACUGCCUUGCAGCCGCAUUGGCCAGCCACCACUCACAGCAGGAGGCAGUGACUCUAGUUUAACGCUGAACAUGAAAGAGCACAUUUCAAGGAGACUCCAGCAGAGGUCACCCCAGGGUGUCUGCAUUGAGCAGCUGGUCUGGGCUAAGAAGCAUUAGCUGGAGGUGGCUGCUGGUGAAAUUGACUUUCAAAUGCUAUAAGACAGACUUCCUUAAACUCCCGUCUUCUGGUAGUGGGGUGAUUUAGCAAUAUCAGGAUGUUAGACCAGACCAUGUGGUUGUAUUAAAUUGGAUAAAGUUAAAAUGCCAUCAGUUCAGUCUUAAAGACUCUGAAAAAGUAUUGCAUAAGAGGAGGAACCGAAGCCUGCACGCUCCCACAAAAAUCCUUUUAUUUAGGCCAAACCUCUACAAGUACUUUCAGACCAAUACAUUUUUAUAUAUAAAUAAAACAGCACCAGGUGUGAAACUCCUCCCACAGCAACAAACCAAAUGAUUUAAUUUAUCAUACCUAAAUAUUUCAGUUCACAGUAUUAAAGAAACCAUAAUCACCUGCAUAUGAUACAUUAAUGUAUGCCAGUCUGAUAUUGAUGCACAUUUCAGGUUUGAUUACAAGUUCAAAGUAUUUGAUGAAGACCACGUCAAAAUAUGGUGGAUGGGACUGAAUUAAAGGAUUUUUGUAGGAGCAUUUAAUCAGCGUGCUGCUUUAAAAUUCCUUUAGUAUUGUCAUGUGCCUGUGCCAACAGUAUUGUGUUCCGUCUUGGGUGCUUAUUAUCUGAAAGCACCAGUACUCCAAAAAAAAAAAAAAAAAA